CCUCCCCUGUCCCCGUUCCCGCCCCGGGGGCUGCCGCCACCCGCCUUCCACAAUGGCUCUAAAGAGAAUCCACAAAGAAUUGAAUGCCCUGGCACGGGACCCCCCAGCACAGUGUUCAGCAGGUCCUGUUGGAGAUGAUACGUUCCAUUGGCAAGCUACAAUAAUGGGGCCAAACGACAGUCCCUAUCAGGGUGGAGUAUUUUUCUUGACAAUUCAUUUCCCAACAGAUUACCCCUUCAAACCACCUAAGGCAUUUACAACAAGAAUUUAUCAUCCAAAUAUUAACAGUAAUGGCAGCAUUUGUCUUGACAUUCUAUGGUCACAGUGGUCUCCAGCACUAACUAUUUCAAAAGUACUCUUGACCCUCUGUUCUCUGUUGUGUGAUCCUAAUCCAGAUGAUCCCUUAGUGCCUGAGAUUGCUCGGAUCUACAAAACAGAAAAGUACAACAGAAUAGGUCGGGAAGGGACUCAGAAGUAUGCGAUGUAA